AUGGAGCCAAUAGAGCAGCACCCGCUCGCUCUGUGCGAUUACCGAACCUCAAAACAUGACGGCCACGUCGUGUAUCCCCACUUCGACUCCGAGAACCUCCAAUUCGCCUACUCCGUCGCCCAGAGGUGGCACUUCAUCGACCGCCAGAUGAAAAACGAAGCUUGGCUGAUAAAGAUGGCAGAUUCUGACGCCUCGAAGGACGACUCUAUUUCUGAAUUCGCUCCACACACAUCCUUCGUUGUGCCCUGGGCGCGCAAAGACUGCCCUCCCCGAGAAAGCAUCGAAUUCCGCGCCUGUCUUCUACGCAAGGCCUGA